UUGGAAGAGGUUGAUCGACUGAUAAUCACAAUGCCUCCAGCGUCGAUGUACGGGCAGCAGCUCUUCGGGCAUAACCUCAAGUCGUACGGAGCGCAAGUCCAUGCCAAAACGUUCAACCACGAUGUGGAGGCGACGAAGCGCUGGUGGGGAAGCCCUCGGUUUCGGUACACCAAGCGCCCAUUCAGCGCCGAGGAGGUGGUCUCCCUUCGCGGAACCCUCCCGGAGACAUAUCCCUCAGACAUACAGGCGCGAAAGCUGUGGGAACUGCUGGAGACGAAGCAUGCUCUCGGAGACUUCUCUCAUACGUUCGGGGCGCUGGACCCCGUCCAGGUGAUCGAGAUGGCGCCACACCUCGAAACGGUGUACGUGAGCGGCUGGCAGUGCUCAUCGACCGCCAGCACCAGCUCGUUCCCGCUGGCGAGUAUUAUCGUUGGGAGACUCGACGACGUUUGGCCGAAGCAUCACACCGCUUUCCUUGCCCUGUCUUUUAAUUUUUUGCAAACUCCCUGCACCAGCAACGAGCCCGGUCCAGAUUUCGCCGACUACCCCUACGAUACGGUGCCCAACAAAGUCGACCAGCUCUUCAGAGCGCAGAGGCACCACGACAGGCGCCAGAAUGACGAACGCUGCUCCAUGAGCGAGGGCGAGCGAUUGUCUGCACCCGCCGUGGACUAUCUCCGCCCGAUCAUCGCGGACGGGGACACCGGGCACGGUGGUCUCACGGCCGUCAUGAAGCUGACCAAAAUGUUCAUCGAGAAGGGUGCCGCCGGCAUCCACUUCGAGGAUCAGAAGGCUAUGUUGGUUCAGGAAUUUAUCAAGACCUCGCCCGGGACGAAGAAGUGUGGGCACAUGGGAGGUAAGGUGCUCGUGUCCAUGCAAGAGCACUGUGACCGCCUGGUGGCGGCUAGGCUUCAGGCCGACAUCAUGGGAACCGAGACUGUCAUCGUGGCCCGCACGGACGCCGAAGCCGCGUCCUUGCUGGACAACAACGUUGAUCCACGCGACCACCCCUUCAUCAUGGGAGCUACUGUCCCAGGCACCAGGCGAGGGGUUGCAUCACCACGCAUACGCAGCCGCUGGCUCCCUCUCUCACCCACAGUCAUACCAUACUUGUACCCGGGGCCUUUGAACGACCUGGUCCGCGAAGCACGCGCCGGAGGCGCGUCGUUCGAAGCUAUCGACAAGCUCAGCAAGGACUGGGGCGAGAAGGCCGGUCUCAUGCGCUUUCCCGAGGCCGUAGAAGCUGCCAUCCACUCCAUGCGCGGGCUGCAAGGGCGCGAUCAGCGGCUGCAAGAGUGGAAGUCGAAAGCCUACAGCCUGAGCAACGCCGAGGCUAGGGCGCUGAGCGCUAGGCUUCUUGGCAAGCAGCAUGCCGACCUGCUGUGGAUGGAGACGGCCAAGCCCAACCUUCCGGAGGCGAGGGCCUUCGCGGAAGGUAUCCAUGCCGAGGUGCCCCACCAGAAGCUGGCCUACAACCUCUCGCCCAGCUUCAACUGGGACGCCGCCGGUAUGUCCAAGCAGGAAAUGGCCGCGUUUAAUCGCGAGCUGGGCCGCCUGGGCUUCGUGUGGCAGGCAAGCGAUGAAGUAGUCAGGGAGUCAGCCCGCUUUCACUCGGACGGGCUAAUUGUUUCCCGUCUUGCCAAGGAGUACGGAAAGCAUGGCGUGAUAAAGUACGUCGAGCUGGUGCAGAGGCCCGAGCGCAACGAGCAGGUGGACAUCCUCACGCAUCAGAAGUGGUCUGGCGCUAACCUCAUGGACAAGCAGGUAAACAUCGCUACGGGCGGCCUCGCGUCCACGUCCGCCAUGGGCGAAGGAGUGACCGAGUCUCAAUUCGUCCGCCACGGAGUUAGUGGCGGAGGCGCUGCUCACAGCGGAACCCGCUCGGUGGCCGUCUCUCCGGCAGUCGGCGCCUCGGGCGUCAGGGCCAAGCUUUAGGGCAAACAUAGCCCGCAACGCGUGAACACAUCGUAUUCCCACGUAUUAAGUAACUCUUCUUGUCGCGGACGUUUGUAGACUUCCGUGUUUUCUGCGCAUCGUGCCGCUG